GAUACUAUUCAACAAUCGAGAUUUGAUUCUUAGGACUCUUGUCUCAAAAACCAUGCACGUCAUGAUGACCGCUUCUGAAGACUCAUCUUCGUGCGACAAAAGCUCUGUUGACACUACAACAGCAAAGUCAUCCAGAAAUGUGCGUUUCUCUCUUCGAAAGAAGAGAUCAUACGCCGAUCGGAAUAUAGAGCCUUCACGUGUGAAUCUAUCUUCAUACAACUCAGACUUCUUGUCUGGUCUCUUCGCCGACGUUGCGAAAGCAAACGUCCUGAAGGAGCUUAGCAUCGAGCUUCCUUCUUCAUCGUCAUCCAACCCUUCAUCUACACCCAUCACUGAGGCAUGCACUCCGAGCUUAUCAUCUCACCUUGUUCCAGACUCAAUGGGCAGUCCAAGACCCGAGAAAAAGAGCCGUUUGUCCUACCAGGCGUCCUUUUGCAGAAGUCGCGCUUCCUGUAUGAAUCUUCUUGCUAUCAAGAAUCAAUCGAAUCUUUCAAAUUUAUCUCCCAAGGGAAUCAACGAGAUUUCCAAACUUGAAAAAGACGUGACCAAAACGAAAAAACAAGAUUCUCUCGCUUACCAACUUGAUUGCCUAGAACAAGACUCAACCCAAGAACAACCACAUUCGACAGGAGCAUUUGCCCUCCCUGCAACCGUUUCUGUUUCCCCAACGAACAACAAGAAAAUUAAGAAGGACGUUGCAGCCUUAGCAUUCCCCAACCUUCCAUCAACCAUCAGCGACUCUUCCUGCGAAAGUAACAAUGUAACUUCAACAGGUCUAACUCGAGAGAGAUGCCUGGUCCUGCACGGACCCGCUCCCGAGAUGGCUGCUGCUUCAAGCAGCGGUAGCAAAGAUUCGUUCGGAUGGUUUGUGGACUUGGAUGACAACGAGGAAAAUGAUGCUGAGGAUCACCACACUGCUACUACUUCUCAAGAAACAGCCUGUCCUAGUGACUUGGCAUUUCAAGCACCCACUGCCCCCAAGCGUGCCAACAACAACGUUCAAGAAGAAAUGGAACAAGCAUACGCUGCCGACACUAUCGACUCUGUAUUAGGAGAUCUUUUCUAAUGCAAAUGGGCCGCUGUGUUCCGUAUGGCUUCUUCCCAAUACCGUUGUACAAGGUCAAAUCUCUUUCGCACAUGCCUCGAGAUAGCUGCCCCUACCUGUGCUUUCCGGAUUGAAAGAUAUCCACUCCCAUUCUACACAUCCUUUCGCUACUUCAUUACAUUUCAUAGAUCAAUAAUGUCAUUUUGUUGAUUGUCUGCACUACGAAGACCCAAUCUCCGUCGAGAACAGAACACAAAAAAUGGCUUCUGACACGAAGAAAUUCAACAUUGCGCUACGCAUCAUCCUCCGCUAAAACCAACUCAACCUGUGAACACCUCUGCUGACUAAAGGCUCUAAGACAUG